GCACAACUACAGCAUCCGUUCGCGUACGAAGAUGCAUCUCGUUGUACAUUUUAGUAUAAAUUUACAAGCCAUCCUGUUGCCUAGCAUCAGUUUCUGUUUUAGAGAGCAGUAGGUAACUACUGUACAGUGAAGGAUUGAACGCUUCAUCAUAAUGGCGUAUGGAAAAGGCAAGCUGGUGCUUCUGCUGGCAGUGCUUGUGGCAGCGACCAUGAAGACGACGGAAGCUCAGGAUUACUGCAAUCCCGAUCUGUGCGAUCCUGGAGACGCUCACAUUGGGUGCAAUAACCCGGGAGGCUUCACUAGCAACUGUCCCGAAGGGGCACAGGUGAUCGAGGUUACCGAGGAGUACAAGAAAAUUAUGCUCGACGAGCACAACAAGUAUCGUAGCACCGUCGCCACCGGUGGCGUGAAGUGGCUUCCGAAAGCCAAGCAAAUGACUACGAUGACCUGGGACGACGAGCUGGCAAAAAUGGCUCAGUUGAACGCGAAUCGGUGCGUGCAGAAGCAUGACGCCUGUCACAACACGGAUACGAUUCGCUAUUCGGGCCAGAACCUGAACCACAUCAAAACAACGGCCCCGUCGAUCGACAACAUCCCGCAGGUGAUCAAGGACCUGAUCUCGUCCUGGUGGGAUGAGCGUCUCGAUGUGAACUCGCGCAUGGUCAACAGCAUGUACGAUCCGGGAAAACAUACCAUGAUCUUCCACUUUGCCGUAAUGGCUGCGGAUAAAUCGAACAAGCUGGGCUGCGCGAUGUCCCAGUGGUCCGAUAAUGGUGACCCUUUCCUGUACCUGGUGUGCAACUAUUCGUUUACCGAUUUCGUUGGAUUGCCGAUGUAUGCGGCAGGCGAUCCGUGCACUGGCUGUACUACUGGUUGCAACUCGGCUUACGAAGGCCUCUGCAAUCCAGACGAACCGGUUUCGGUGCCGUUCUAGGGAUUAACAGGAAUGACUUUGCCACACGAUUGACAACAACACCAGUACUAGCAUUGAUUGACAAUGUUUGUAGAAGCUUUUCGCUAUUCAAUGUUGUUUGAUUAAAUUAGAUCUUUUGGAUUUGCUAAAGAAACUGUGGUAAAUAAAUAAUAAAAUUGUUUAGCAUGA